UUCCUUUUUCUUUUUUACGCAGCUCAUACGGCACCUUUUUGUCAUCUAGCUACAUGCUAACGUAGCUCCAACAUUAACCUCACAGGCUGCUGCUGCUGCUGCUGCUGGUGGUAGUGGUGGUGGUCACAAAAGACCGGGGGUGAUCGCUGCUGUUGACGAGACAGAACCGACGGCCCAGACAUCCAGAGGGGACGUGCAACCGCGUCGUGUUAAGCAGCAAACUUUGCUAUGGGCAAAAAGUCUCGCGACGAGGAGGCCUCAUCCUCUGAUGAGGAAGAAUAUGUUGUGGAAAAGGUGCUGGACAGGAGGGUGAAUAAAGGCCGGGUUGAGUUCUUCCUGAAGUGGAAAGGAUACUCAGAUAAGCACAACACGUGGGAGCCAGAGAAGAAUCUGGACUGUCCUGAGCUCAUUUCAGAAUUCAUGAAGACCUACAAGAAAAGUGGUAGCGCGAGCGCUACUACACCCAGCAGCGGGCCCAGCAAAUCAAGCUCAAGCUCCAUGGGACGCUCCAAAGAUUCCAGUAGCUCGAAGAAGAGAAGCUCGGACGAUGAGGAGGAGGGUGGAAGUAAGCCCAAAAAGAAAAAGGAGGAGGAAAUUCUAGUUGCUCGCGGCUUCGAGAGAGGACUCGAGCCAGAGAAGAUCAUCGGAGCAACUGAUUCUUGCGGAGAUCUAAUGUUUCUGAUGAAGUGGAAAGACUCCGAUGAGGCUGAUCUCGUGCUUGCCAAGGAGGCCAAUCAUAAGUGCCCACAGAUCGUCAUAGCUUUCUACGAGGAACGUCUCACCUGGCACGAAGACGGCGACAAGAAGGAGAAGGACGCUGUCAGCGCAUGAGGGCAUUAGCCUCGGGAGGAAACGGGACCUCCUCCGCUGCAGGGACAAACCUUCAGACAUUUUUCACACCCAAAACUCCCACUCUUCACAUUUCCCGCGUCCGGCAAUGACGCAAAGAUGACGGACACGGUUGUGUUAUCUCCGUACAUGCCCCAUUGGAGCACAAGGUCCCAGACUGCUGAAAAAGAUCCAUCCAUCAGGAGGGGGAAGCUGUAAUAAACGUGGGUGACAUCCUACUGGAGAGGGUUUCUACUGUUCAGUCUUUUUGUUCUUUACAUUCUUUUUAUUGUCUUAACACAUGUUUUAGUGCUUACAGGAUCAUGGUUAUGUCGAUAAGGUAUUUGCAUCCACGAGCACUGGUAGUUACCUGAUGCAUCUCCAAGCGCGUCGAGAGGCAGAGCUGUACCAUCGAGCUGCGUUAGCGCUCGACGACGCGAAGGUCAUUAUAGUUGGUGCGUCUCUUUUCUUGAAGAGCCCACUGAGGAUUAGACCAUAAAAUUGAUAUUCAGGAGGCACCCACCACCACUUUUUUUCCUGACCACAUAAUCACGUCCUUUUUAUUCCCCCCCAAACUUUUUUUUUUUUUUAAUCUUGUAGAUUUUACAGCUUGUCCUGUCUGCUACAGUAUAACUACUCGUACAGAGGACAAAAGCCAAUCAUGUCUUCACAACGUAGAGAUCUCCUUGUGCUUUUUGUUUCUUUUUAAAUUGUAAUUUUAAUGUCUUAAUUCCGAGUUUUAAGUAUGAGCAUUUGUGUGGUGUUUUUAAAUUUCUUUACACUAUCAGCAUUUUAAGAAAAGGACAAUAAUUUAAAAAAAAAAAUCUUGCUCAGCUUUCUACCUUUCUUUUUUUAAUUACCUUUUUUUUAUUUUCAUUUUAAUUUUUCCUUUGGCUUUUUUUUCGCAGUCUAGACAAUCUUCAUUAUGUCCAAACAAAAAUUAAACCAGCAUUCGCACCAGUCACUAGAGUCUGCCACCUUGUGGUUAAAAGAUGUGAACUUUCUUGACUGUACCCGGUGUGAGUGAUGCAGAUCUAAUGGUUUUCGAUCUUUCUAAGUGUAACGUUGACUGUAACAGUGAUGAACGGUAAAAUACACUUUCCGGCCCGAGUGUUAAUUCUUGGUAUCAUGGUUGUAUUUAUUCAAAACCAGUUUCCGAUUGGGUUUGUCAUUCUGGGUUUUAUCGUCAUGAGUCAUUUUUCGCUGCCAUUUGAAAGAAAAAAAAAAAAAAAAAACUAACAAAAUAAUAAUAAAAAAAACCCUGACCCUUUCCGAUACCUGGUGAGCCACAGUUAACACGGGAUGGAUGCAGUUUUUGUAGUUAGUUGUGCUCCAGCAUGGACUCUCGGGACCAAAUGUUUAGAGACCUGUUUUUCUUUUUUUUUUCCUUUCUCUCUCUUUUUUUUUUUUUUUUUUUCCUUUUAUCCUGCAUCAUGGCUGAAGAUGUCCCUUGAUAUUGCAUAGAUUUUUGUUUUUGGUGUCCCUUCCUUUCAUUGAAAACAUUUUGUCCCCCACUUUUUGCCAGUGCAGGAUUUUUAAAAAGUAGACUAUUUCUUGUGUGAAUGAAAUGUUACAAAUAUGUGUACAGUAGCACCCUUUAAUAAACAUUUUCAAUGUUAAA